CCGGCUCCACCUGCGGCCUCUGCUGCACAGCCGCCCUCCUAGGCUUGUCCACUGCAGGUUACAGGUUGUGAUGAACACUCUAAAAAGAGAAUGCUGCCGAUUAUGAAACGUCAGCUACAAAAGACCCCACAGCUGUGGAGAGAGCCAACUUGUUAAACAUGGCUAAGUUGAGCAUCAAAGGGCUCAUUGAGUCUGCCCUGAGCUUUGGCCGCACCCUGGACUCGGACUACCCCCCUCUGCAGCAGUUCUUCGUGGUUAUGGAGCACUGCCUGAAACAUGGCCUUAAAGUGAGAAAAUCAUUUUUGAGUUAUAACAAAACUAUCUGGGGCCCUCUGGAACUGGUAGAGAAGCUGUAUCCAGAAGCAGAGGAAAUCGGAGCAAGUGUCCGGGAUUUGCCUGGCCUUAAGACCCCCCUGGGUCGAGCUAGGGCAUGGCUCCGAUUAGCCCUCAUGCAAAAGAAAAUGGCCGAUUACCUGCGUUGCUUAAUUAUCCAGCGGGAGCUGCUGAGCGAGUUCUAUGAGUACCACGCGCUAAUGAUGGAGGAGGAAGGAGCCGUGAUUGUUGGGCUGCUGGUCGGUCUGAACGUGAUUGAUGCCAAUCUGUGUGUGAAGGGCGAGGACCUUGACUCCCAGGUUGGAGUGAUUGAUUUCUCAAUGUAUUUAAAGAAUGAAGAAGAGAUCGGAAACAAAGAAAGGAAUGUUCAAAUUGCUGCCAUCUUAGACCAAAAGAAUUACGUUGAGGAACUGAAUAGACAACUCAACAGCACAGUCAGCAGCCUCCAUUCAAGAGUUGACUCGCUAGAAAAAUCAAACACGAAGCUGAUCGAAGAGUUAGCCAUAGCGAAGAACAACAUCAUUAAGCUCCAGGAAGAAAACCAUCAGUUGCGGAGUGAAAACGAGUUGAUCUUAAUGAGAACGCGGCAGCACCUGGAGGUUACCAAAGUGGAUGUGGAAACUGAGCUUCAAACCUACAAGCAUUCCCGGCAAGGUCUAGACGAAAUGUAUAACGAUGCCAGAAGGCAGCUUCGAGACGAGUCCCAGCUGCGGCAGGAUGUGGAGAACGAGCUAUCAGUACAAGUUGGCAUGAAACAUGAGAUUGAGCUUGCUAUGAAGUUGUUGGAGAAAGACAUUCAUGAGAAACAAGACACUCUCAUAGGCCUUCGGCAACAGCUGGAAGAAGUCAAAGCAAUCAACAUUGAGAUGUACCAAAAGCUGCAGGGGUCUGAAGACAGCUUGAAAGAAAAAAAUGAAAUAAUUGCCCGACUAGAAGAAAAGACCAAUAAAAUCACUUCGGCCAUGAGGCAGCUGGAGCAAAGAUUGCAGCAAGCAGAGAAGGCACAGAUGGAAGCGGAAGAGGGGGAUGAGAGAUGUGCCCACGAGUGUCUGAGCCAAUCCGACAGUCUGCAGAGACAGAUCGCGCACAAGGAGCAGCAACUGGUGCAGCUGGAAACGGAUUUGAAGAUUGAGAAGGAAUGGAGGCAGACUUUGCAAGAAGAUCUUCAAAAGGAGAAAGAUGUCCUAUCUCAUCUUAGAAAUGAGACCCAACAAAUCAUUAGUCUUAAAAAAGAGUUUCUUAACCUCCAGGAUGAAAAUCAGCAGUUGAAAAAAGUAUAUCAUGAACAAGAACAGGCUCUGCAAGAACUUGGCAGCAAACUUUGCGAAUCCAAACUUAAAAUAGACGACAUAAAAGAAGCCAACAAAGCAUUACAGGGACUGGUCUGGCUGAAAGACAAAGAGGCAACACACUGCAAGCUUUGUGAGAAGGAAUUUUCACUCUCCAAAAGAAAGCACCACUGUAGAAACUGUGGGGAAAUUUUUUGCAAUGCCUGCUCUGACAACGAGCUGCCUUUGCCUUCUUCACCAAAGCCAGUGCGAGUUUGUGAUUCCUGCCAUGCAAUACUCAUUCAGAGAUGCUCCUCUAACGUGCCGUGACCCGGGAACUCAGUCCUGCACAGAAGCACCUGCAGUGAGUGUGAGGACCAAGUGUCCAGUCAGCACCAUACCUCUCCUCCAGCUAACACACAGAAUUCUAAGUUGUAUAGUUAGGAUUCCGUUUCUGUACUUACUCGGUUUAAGAUAGCAUGUUUUAUCACUAUUUGGAACAGUCAUGUGACCCUUAAGGAAAGGCCGGACAGCAGAGCUAAAGAUGCACUUUUGCCUUAUCUUCUAGAGGCCUUGAGAACGAGGCCACAACUUGUUUCUGAACUGUCAAGCUGGCACUUGAUGGUGCCUAUAAUUCUUUUUAAUGCACUUUAACGCUUCACAAUUCUCAGAGGAAGACUGGAAAUGCACUCACUUUGUGAUAGUAUGCCAAUUGAACAUCCUUUUCUGAAAUAAGAUUGAAACAAAGUUGUCCAUUUUUGACCAUGGACUUCCUUGCCUCAGCUUUGAAGUGCUGGGAUCAUAGGUGUGUGCCUCCAUACCAAGCUGUACAGUCUUCAUUGUCUGGUAAGAUUCUAAUUUAAUUGUAUUUAUUUGCGUGUUCUUUCCCCCUCUUCUACAAUGGUCAGUAAUUUUAUCUCAUACCUUUCUUUUCGCUUGCCUACACCUUUCAUAUAGUGGAUUGAAGUACCAGCUUUUCCUUCAAUUCUUUAAGGGAUGUUAAAUAUAACCAUCAUAAAUAUAACCUUGUCACAGAAACUACUUUUUGUAAAGGGUUGGACCCUAAAGAUGAAAACAUCCUUCCUGAGGGAAGAUGGGAAAACACAGGCUUAAGAAUUAAAUAUAAGAGCAUUUAAAACUUACCUGUGCUAUAACAGAAUUAGUUUUCCCAUCCUCCAGUUCUCUUAGGAAACAUUAUAUUGCAGUGUUUACAUCUACCCACAGUAGAAUUUCACCCGAUAUAUCAAGUACCUUUAUGCUAUGGUCUUAGGCAGAUAGUGGUUUCUUAUUUUUUCAAGCAGACAAACAAAACAUUAAGUUACUUAAACCAUAACCAUUCAGGAUCUUAAUAUAUUGAUUUCCAGCUUUGCACUUUUAAGUCUAUAAACUCUAUAGAGAUUUUGCAUUCCUAAAGACAGUUUAGUGACUGGGCACUUUUCUGAUUCCUUAUUCUUUGAGAUCUUUUCAUUUGUUGUAUUUCAGUAAAUUUUAUAAAUUGCCAAAAUUACAAAACCAGUAUUUUCACCAGCUUCUGAGGUUAACUUAAAUUAGAUCUGUCACAUUUUGAGAUGUCCCAUUUUUUGGAAACAGGAUUCAUGUAAUCCAAGUUGGCUUCUAACUUGGUGUGUAGCAGAGAAUGACCUUGAACUGAUUCUCUGACCUCCACAUAUCCCAGCUCCUGAGAUUACAACUAUGUGGUGCUGAGGAUGGAACCCCUGAUCUACCCAGCCCCCAAGAUGUCAUUUGUUGAGUACUGACAGAAGUGGCCUUGAAACAGAAUUAAGAUGGUAAGGCAAGAAAGAAUGCUACAAGUUCAAGGCCAGUCUGGUUCAUCCCUAUAACUCCAGAUUAGCCUAUGUUAUUAUAUACACAACAGUGAAAACCUGGCUCAAAUAUUAGAAAAAUAAAAGAAUUAUAUUUUUGAACCUUUGUUUUUGGGGAGUUUGUAUUUUGAGACAGGGUUUCUCUGUAGCUUUGGAGCCUGUCCUGGAACUUGCUUUGUAGACCAGGCUGGUCCUGAACUCAAGAGAUCAACCUGUCUCUGGCUCUCGAGUGCUGGGAUUAAAGGUGUGCGCUUUCACUGCCCAGCGUCUGAACCAUUUUGUAUUGAUGGAAAUAGACUAAGAUUUUUAUGACUGUUGAAAAUGAGCAUAAAUGAAAAAAUUUCAAAUACUUUAUUCUGUGCUUUUUGUUAUAAACAUGGACCUUUUCUGGGGCAGCAUUAACUUGAUCCCCAAUGUCUGGGAUGAGAAUAUAUAGCUCAGUGGCAAAAUGUUCGCUUACUGUGUGUAUUAAAGUCCUGGGUUCUCAAUCCACAGCACUACUAACAACAACAAAAAAAUUUAAAUUUAGGAUACCCCAUUCAGCACAAAACAUUCAGUUUUUAUUUUGCAAAACUUGUCAUUUCCUUGCUUACCCUAGCCAGUACUACCACAAAGAUGCAAUCAUGGUGCCAAGGAAUUGUAAUUCUAAUCUGUAAUGUUUUUAAAAUAAAUGUGAAUUUUAUAAAACAAAGUUUUGAGAAAUUCACAAUUACUUUUAUUGCUUUAAAGAUUUGUUUGUAUCUGUUUAUGUGUGUCUGCAUGAGUGUGUGCCACAUGUGUAGAGGUGGUGGAGGAGGCCAGAAAAAGGCAUUGGAUUCACUGGAGCUACAGUGAGUUGUGAUCUGCCUGAUGUGGGUGCUGGGAACCAAACUCAGGUCCUCUGGGUGAGCAGAACCAGAGGAUCUUAACCACCGAAUCAUCUCUCCGGCCACCUCCUUUGAGACUGAAAAAGGUAACCCUUGAAGGGCUUCUGACCUCUCUGCCAGGCAUGCAGACAAGGUCAUUAGUGUGUAGGCUCUAGGUGAAAUCCUCAGUCCCAAACCAGAAAGACAGAAACUCACUGUUUCAGGACUAUAGGUUCUGAGUAACAAGCUGGGAUGCUCCUUUACAGUCACUUUAUCAGAAAUCUCAAUUUAGCAUCCAAAUUACAUGCCAGCCAGAUACUUGCCUCUACCUGCCGAGUGCUGGGAUAAAAGCAUGUGCCACCACACUUUCUACCAAUGUGCAUUAUAACCAAUAACUGACACAAAGCAUUCUAGAACAGACAACAUUCCUUUAUCUCCCAUGUUGACAUUUAUUAAAUGAAAAUAACAUUUCUAGCAAAAAAAAAACCAAGUAACAAGUUCAAUAACUGAGUUCACAUUGACAGG